GCCCGGGUCUGCUCGGCAGCGCGCAGGGCGGGCUCUCCAGCUCCCGGCGACGUCGGCGGCUGCUCGCGCCCCAGCGAGCGCCCGGGCGCCUCAGCACCGCGUCGUUGGGUCCCCGCUCAGGGUCCUCUCCUGUGCGCGAGGCAAGAUGUUAAGGCGCAGCUUGGAAAACCGGGACGCUCAAACCAGACAACUGCAAGAUGCUGUCACAAAUGUGGAGAAGCAUUUUGGAGAGCUGUGCCAAAUCUUUGCUGCUUAUGUGCGGAAAACUGCCAGACUGCGAGACAAAGCAGACCUCCUGGUGAAUGAAAUCAACAUGUAUGCCUCUACAGAGACCCCAAAUUUAAAGCAGGGCCUGAAAAACUUUGCUGAUGAGUUCGCCAAACUUCAGGAUUAUCGACAAGCAGAGGUUGAAAGACUUGAAGCCAAAGUAGUUGAACCUUUGAAAGCUUAUGGAACCAUUGUAAAAAUGAAGCGGGAUGACCUCAAAGCGACAUUAACAGCAAGGAAUCGAGAAGCUAAGCAGUUAACCCAGUUAGAAAGGACACGUCAGAGAAACCCGUCUGAUCGACAUGUUAUUUCACAGGCAGAAACUGAAUUACAGAGAGCUACGAUGGAUGCUACCCGAACAACUCGUCAUCUGGAGGAAACUAUUGACAACUUUGAAAAACAGAAAAUAAAGGACAUAAAGAAUAUAUUUUCAGAAUUUAUCACUAUUGAAAUGUUAUUUCAUGGCAAAGCUUUAGAGGUCUACACUGCUGCCUACCAAAAUAUACAAAAGAUUGAUGAGGAAGAAGAUUUAGAGGUUUUCCGAAACUCUCUGUAUCCACCAGAUUAUUCAUCUCGUUUAGAUAUUGUAAGAGCAAAUUCAAAGUCACCUCUACAGAGAUCGCUGUCAGCUAAGUGUGUAUCUGGAACAGGACAGGUAUCCACCUGUCGACUAAGAAAGGAUCAACAAGCAGAUGAUGAUGAUGAUGAUGAUGAUGAAGAGUUAGACAUUACGGAAGAAGAAAAUUAAUUUUCUUAAGUACACUUCACAUUUCUUUCAUCUUAAAAUGACUCAGAAUCCAGGAUUACUAAACUGUAAAACUUUAUACUAGUUUGAUACAUUAAACCUCAAAAUGAAAUGCCACUAGAAAUGUAAAAAUAAUUAAAGGAAAUUCAUGUUGGCCAAAAAUGAAGGUUUUAAAAAAUAUUACACACCAGUCAUUUCAGUGUCCUACCUAGUGGUAUGUGAUCUUUUUGUGUAAAUUCCAUUUUUUUUUAAGAUUAUAUAUUUCAAAGUAUUUCAUAUUAAUGUAUUAUACCUGUAGAGGUUGCCAAAAGUGGGUGAUAAAAACCAAAAAAUCGAACAAUUCCAUCUAGCUUCUUUUAGGUUAAGACUCCGUGCUUUUGUCACUAGAAAAGCCUCCCCUCCUGUCUAGUCAUUCUGGUUAAAUACAAAGGCUAUUCUAAAGCCUUACGUAAAAAAAGACUUUUUUUUUAACCUUUACUAAAACCUGAAAUUUCAUCAUUUGAUCUGUAAGUUUACCUUUCAACAAUAGGGGACUCAAAUAGAAUUUAAACAAUGGGACACCAAGAUGUCAAUGCUUUGCAAAUAUGCAUAAAGCAUAUAUUUUAGCUUUAAAAAAAAUUUUAAAAAGAACCUUCAUUUCGGUUUUAGAAUAAAGCUGCUGUCAAGCUAAAGCAUUAUAUGUGGAACAACUUUUCAAAAGCUAGUAAUGUGGUGGAAUAUUGCCUAAGAAAAACAUAAAUAAGCAUACUUGGAAGAUCAUUAAUCAUUAAAAAUUCUAUAAAAAUUUUACCUAGUGACAAUCUAGUUAAUAAAAGGGUAUAUAGUCACUUAUUCCUGAAAAUAUAAAACAAUUUAAUCAAUCUUUCAGUAUGUCUGGUGCUUUUGUUUCUUAGGGUGGGAGAUUAUAAUUUUGGUAUGUCAUAGAUUCCAGUCAGGCAUAUAAAAAUUAUGAGAUUUAUGAACUUGUUUGGGAUACCUGAAAAUAAAGACUUUUUAGAAAGCUUUUUGACUCAUUCUGUUCUUAACAAGGCAUUGCUUCCUGAGAAUAAUCCUAAGUGAUAAAAUGAGUAUUCAGAAGAUUUUAAAACCCUAAAUAAAAUGAUAUUCUUAAGGAACUAAGGAUAUCACUGCAUUUUUAUUAUUUUCUCAGCCAGCAUUUAAGUUUGGUGUUGUAGUUGGGAAAAGAACAGUAUUUUAGUAUUUCUCUUACUGCUUACUAAAUAACUCACUACUCUUGAGCAUAAGCUGCCUUACCUGUAAAGCUACAACAGUGCCUGACACAUUAAUCACCAGAUAAUUCUGAAGCAAAACGUAUACUCUGCCUCUCUCAAAUAAAGUUGAGGACAAAAGGAAAUGGGCAACUGUCCUGAUUACCUACUUACCCUAUAGGGCUCCAUUUCUUUAUAAUGGGAAUAACUUUAUUAGCAUUAUCUGUAUUAAACGAUAUAGUUAAUUCAUGUGUAAUUAUGGAUCAUGAUGAUGAAAUGAGAUGUGGCCUUUUGCUUUGGUUCUUUAAAAAACAAGCUUUCGAUUUACCCCUAAACUCUGAGGAGUUUUUGCCAUAGUUUUGUAACCCAGAGGAUUUGUAUAUUUCCCGGGUAAGCUGUAAACAACUUGGGUUUGAUACUUUUUGCCCAGCCCUAGACUGUGAAGCCUGCCCAGUGAUUGGUAGGCACUUCACAGGCUCUGGUCAAGAUACCUAUGCAAAGAAAUUGACUAGCCGUAGGUACCCACUGCCCUGGAGUCCAUUCCAACUCAUAGCUACCUAUAGGACAAGGGGGAACUCCAUGGGGUUUCCAAGGCGAUAAACCUUUAUGGAAGCAGCCUGCCACAUCUUUCUCCCAUGGAGCAGCUGGUGGGUUCAAA